AUGAUUCUUUAUCUGCUACUCGCGUUUCUCCAGAUCGGGACCAUUUUUGGUGAUCUGUCAACCCACGCUGAAGAAGGUAAGACAACCCACGCUGAAGAAGCUGGAGGAGUUCAGGAGUUUACAGAAUCUUUAGCAGGACUGAAGAGAAGAAAGAGAGAGUGGGUGAUUCCUCCCAUCUUUUUCCCAGAGAAUUACAGAGGCCCAUUCCCAAACGAGAUGGUGCAGAUUAAGUCCAGUCAUGCUAAGGAAACUAAGAUGAUUUUCAGCAUCACUGGUGAAGGAGCAGAUAAGCCUCCAGUGGGACUUUUCACCAUUAAUAAAACCACUGGAUGGCUCAGUGUAACAAAGGCUCUAGACAGAGAGACCAAAGAUAAAUAUGUGCUUCAAGCUCAUUCGAUUGCAGCUGAUGGUGAGGUUAAAGAAGGUCCUAUGGAGAUUAUCCUCUGUGUGAUCGACCAGAAUGAUAACAUGCCCAUCUUCACCCAAAACCCUUUCCUUGGCAGUGUUCCAGAAGCUUCACUUAAAGAGUUUGAGUUCAUGACAGUCACAGCUACCGACGGAGACGAUCCUGAAACUGACAAUGCAGACAUCAGAUACUCCAUCAUCAGUCAGGAUCCACCACAGCCAGAUCCAAACAUGUUCAUCAUUAACUCGAUUACUGGAGGGAUUAGAGUGAACUCUGAUGGGCUGGACAGAGAGAAUUAUCCUGAGUACACCUUGCUGAUCAAAGCUGCAGAUUUAGCUGGUAAUGGCCUCGUCAGCACUGGAACAGCUGUUAUUACUGUAACUGAUAGCAACGACCACGCUCCACAUAAAAAUGAUAACAAGCCCAUCUUCACCCAAAACCCUUUCCUUGGCAGUGUUCCAGAAGCUUCAACUAGAGGAUUUGAGUUCAUGACAGUCACAGCUACUGAUGCAGACGAUCCUGAAACUGACCAUGCAGACGUCAGAUACUCCAUCAUCAGUCAGACUCCACCACUGCCAGAUCCAAACAUGUUCAUCAUUAACUCGAUUACUGGAGGGAUUAGAGUGAACUCUGAUGGGCUGGACAGAGAGAAUUAUCCUGAGUACACCUUGCUGAUCCAAGCUGCAGAUUUAGCUGGUAAUGGCCUCAUCAGCACUGGAACGGCUGUUAUUACUGUAACGGACAGCAACGACAACGCACCCAAGUUUGAAAAGACCUUGUACACUACAUCAGUCCCAGAGAAUAAAGUAGGAGCUGUGGUGGUGAAGCUACCAGUGACUGAUGGAGAUGAACCUCAGUCUCCUGCCUGGAUUGCCAAGUUCAGGAUCAUUAGUGGAAACAAUGGUGGAUUUUUCAGCAUUAGCACAGGACCCAACAAACAGGAGGGCAUCAUUACUACUGUUAAGACAUUGGACUUUGAACAGAACAACAAGUACACUCUGCUGGUGAUCGCUGAGAAUGAAGUUCCGUUUGCCAACCCCCUUCAGACAUCCACUGCCACAGUCAUCGUGAAUGUUCAGGAUGUGAAUGAGGCUCCAGUGUUUGACCCAGUGGAGCAGAUCAUUUCUAAACCUGAAGAUCUGGAAGUUGGUACUGAACUGACAGUUUACACCGCCACUGAUCCAGAUACAGCGAGGACUCAGACAGUGACAUAUGGUGUAGGUACGGAUCCUGCUGGCUGGGUGAGUGUUGACCGAGACACUGGACUGAUCAGAGUGAAGAGCUCCAUGGACAGAGAGUCUCCUUUUGUGAAAGAUGGCAAAUAUAAAGUUCUGAUCUUGGCUGUGGAUGAUGAUCAAGUUCCAGCUACAGGUACAGGAACCCUUGUGAUCGAGCUGGGAGAUGUGAAUGAUAACGCUCCUGUUAUUGAAGAGAGGGUGGCCAUAGUGUGCAAUAAGUAUCCGGCUCCAAUUCUGCUGUCUGUGACGGAUAAGGAUGGGCCUGGUUUUGCUGCUCCGUUCACUGUGGAACUCCAGGGAGAGAGCAGGAUCCACUGGACCGCCAGGAUGAAUGAAACUGGAACUGGAAUUAUUCUCACGCUUAACUCUGCACUGAAACAGGGAGAGUACAAUGUUGUUCUGAGGGUGUUUGAUUCCACCCUGCUGUUCCAAGACAACACCAUCCAAGCCUCAGUUCAUGACUGCACUGGAGAAGAACUUCAGUAUAUGAACAAUUACUUUUCUCCAGCAGUUCAUCACUUCUCUCUGCUGCUGGAUAAUAAAAUGAUUUGUUGCAUUCUCCUGGCUUUACUUCAGGUCUUGGCCACUGAGAGUGGUCUACCACCAUUCCUGGAUCAUGGGAGUCUUAAGGCUGAAGAAGGAACACUGCACCUUGCUGAGCUUUACCAGGAUGUUUCAGCUCUGGAGUUUCCAGAAUCAUACAAGGGUUUGAGGAGGAGAAAGAGAGAGUGGGUGAUUCCACCAAUCGCUUUCCCAGAGAAUCACAGAGGCCCAUUCCCCAAGGAGAUUGGCCAAAUCAGGUCCGCAUUUAAGGAAGUGAUCUACAGCAUCACUGGUGAAGGAGCAGACCAGCCUCCAGUGGGACUUUUCACUAUUAAUAAAAACACUGGAUGGCUCAGUGUAACAAAGGCUCUAGACAGAGAGACCAAACAUAAAUAUGUGAUUCAAGCUCAUGCUGUUGAAGCUGAUGGAGAGCUUAAAGAGGAACCUAUGGAGAUGGUCAUCAUCGUGAUCGACCUAAAUGACAAUAAGCCCAUUUUCACCCAAAACCCUUUCCUUGGCAGUGUUCCAGAAUCUUCAACAAUCGGAGUGGAAUUUAUGACAGUCACAGCCACUGAUGAAGAUGAUCCUGAAACUGAUAAUGCAGAGGUCAGAUACUCCAUCAUCAGCCAGGAUCCACCACAGCCAAGUCCAAACAUGUUCAUCAUUAACUCGACUAGUGGAGGGAUUAGAGUGAACUCUGAUGGGCUGGACAGAGAGAAUUAUCCUGAGUACACCUUGCUGAUCCAAGCUGCAGAUAUGAUGGGUAAUGGCCUCGUCACCACUGGAACAGCUGUUAUUACUGUAACUGUCAGCAACGACCAUGCACCAAAGUUUGAACAGAACUCAUACACUGUAUCAGUACCAGAGAAUAAAGUAGGAGCUGUGGUGGUGAAGCUACCAGUGACUGAUGGAGAUGAACCUCAGUCUCCUGCCUGGAUGACCAAGUUCAGGAUCAUUAGUGAAGAGAGUGAAGGAUUCUUUAAUGUUAGCACAGGACCCAACCAACAGGAGGGCAUCAUUACUACAGCUAAGCCACUGAACUUUGAAGAUAACAGUAAGCACACUCUGCUGGUGGUUGUGGAGAACGAUGUUGUGUUUGGGAAACCCCUCCCCACAUCCACAGCUACAGUGAUCGUGAAUGUUGAGGAUAUAAAUGAUGAUCCAGUGGAUGGGAGCCCCCUUUAGUGAAAGAUCUCAUCUUGGCUGUGGAUGAUAAUCCAAUCCCAGCUACUGGUACAGGAACCUUGAAGGAGGAUUGAAAGAGAUUAAUUAAAGACCUUGAGAAAGACUUCACUUGGACACCCUCAAAGAUCUUCUUCCUGCCAUGUUUCUAGUGAAUAACUGUAAAUCUGCUGCAAAAUAAAAAUAAAUGCAUUCAAAACCA